CCUAUCAAUUAUAAUAUUUAAAUCCCUUAUUUUUGAUAUUGCUAAUUUAUACACUUAUUAAAUAUCAUGAAGGAAGGGGAAUAUCAAACACCUACUGGUGAAUUUACUACUGGCCUUUGUGAUUGUUGCACUGAUUGUUCAGGCUGUUGCCUUACAUUUUGUUGCCCCUGCGUUUCCUUUGGCCGGAUGGCAGAAAUCCUCGAUCAAGGCUCAGUAUCAUGUUGUACAGCUGGAACAUUUUAUUUAAUACUUGCAACAUUUGUUGGGUUCCACUGGUUAUACACAUGCACAUACCGCGCAAAGAUGAAGGCCUUAUUUGGGUUUCCAAAGAGCACUUGCGAUGAUUGUUGCGCCCAUUUCUUUUGUCAUUGUUGUGCCUUGGCUCAAGAGUACCGUGAGCUUAAGCACCGUGGCUACCACCCUUCUCUUGGUAACUACUACUCUAUCCUCCAAAUAUACAUCUAUCUCUCUCCAUACAUACUACCUCCGUUCUAUAGUACUUGCACUAUUUCAGUUUGGCAUACGCAUAAAUAAUUGGUUAAAAACAAAAUAGUGCUCCUUUAGAUUCACCAUAUGCAUCUCAUUUAACUUGACAUUUUUGCUAAUGUACCAUUUUAACCAUUAAUAUCUUUAAUUGUACAUAAUUAAAAAUUAUAAUAAGUUGAUAUUAAGACGAAUCAAACAAGAUUUCAAAUGACUAUUUCAUAACUUAUAGAUUAAACCCUGUUUAGUUCACCUGAUUUUUACUUAUCAAACCCGAUUUUUUAUUGCAACAAAUUUUUACUAAUUGAAACAGAUUUUAAUAAAUUGUAACCAUUUUUUUAGUUAUAAAUUAUAACUGAGUUUUACUGAAUAAAAUCGAUUAUUACUUGUUGUAACUGAGUUUUGAUGAUUAAAACCGAUUUCUACUGAUCAAAACUUAUUCUUACUGAUUACUUAUUGUUUUUAAGGUGAACUAAUCAAGGCAUAAGAAUACAAUACAUCUUAACGUGAUUGAUGAAUAGUGUCAAAAGUCAAAUAAGUCACUUAAACUGAAUAAGUGGGAGCAUUUUUUUCCCUUAAAUAACAACAAAAGUGUAAAAAUUAAUGACCUAUAAAGUAAGAAUAAAGUAUAUAGAAUAAAGUAGAAGUAAAAAGACAAUUUAUAAAUUACUUUAUGACAUAUAUAGUAAUAAAAUGUAACCAGUAAUAAAAAAAAUGUAAUCAGUAUAAUACAACCGCGGAAGUCAAAAACAAUAACUUAAAUUGAUCAUGCUCAAACCAUCAGGUCAGAGCCUGAUUUUAUAAUAUGUAGCCUUCUUUACAAAAAAAAAAAAAAAAAAAAAAAAAAAAAAAGAAAAGAAAGAAAAAAGAUCAUACUCG